GGCAGAAAGGCACAAAUAAAGCGAUUAUUUAACAUGAAUUGGAAUACUUGUUCACUACAUGAUAAAGUGAUAUGCUCCGUAAACAUAAAUACGCAAAGGUAAUAAACUGUUCUCUAAUUUCCUUUUAAAGAAAGUAACGUAAGGUGACUCUGGGUAUUUUCGGUAGUUUUAUUGUUUUCGUCAUAAAGGGGUUUUAUCGGUCAAAUUGCCUGAAAGUUGGCCGUAGAAUUCAGAUUGAUUGGGGAUGUUUUGAGACCAACUUUAAGCUUAACAGGUUUUAGAAAACACCCCAUGACGAAAAUCACAAAGCUGCCAAUAAUAGGAACUUAUUCUACAUAUAUGCAAUUAUUACUGAAACUUAUUUUAAAAUAAAUUUUAAAGAUUUAAAAUCGAAUCAUUAUUUUCUAGUUUCUGUUACUAGAAACUCCUUAGCAAAUAAUUUGGUCUAAGCCAACUCAAACCUGUUCCGAUUCUGAUUUUUUCCCUGUAACAUUUCAAAUCUCCCAUGAAGCGAGGCACCUCUACGAUUUCUAUCUGUUUUACAGGAGAAAUGAUGGUCACUAAGUUUAUGACCAGAAUAUUGAAAUGUUCAACAACAGUAGUUACAUUGGAUAUCUAUCACUUCUUUGCGCAUUGUUCAUUUCAUUGUUUCGUUUUCUACUAUUGACACAAAUCAGCACGUUCUGUGGCAUGAAAUGAUAAAGUUGAACAGCCGGCAGUACCUUGCUUAUAUUUCCAGGAUAUUAGGGGAUGACGUACCAAUAUCUUUACAGCUAGAAACGUGCUGUAUCAGUGUAACGCGGGACAGUUGUACUAGAAUCAUACGAUAGUCCAACAAAGCCAUAUAACUUAUAUAAGUAAGUUUCGAUCCAUCGCACGCGUUUAGUAAUUGACUAGCCAUGUGGCGGCUAUUACUAGUUCUGCCACUGGUCAACCAGUUGGUGGCAGGAUACACCAUAAUCGAGGAACCGCGGAUAACGCCUUGUGGUAGAGCAGGUCCCGCUUUGGACACAGUUCCUGUCGAUACUAAGACAAGCACUUGUCCAGCAGAUCAGUGCGGUGAAAACGAAGAAAUACGCGAAGUUCUACCGUGCUGUGAACCGACCUGCGACAACGACUGCUCAAGGGCGGAUUGUAGUGGUAAACCUAUUUUUGUGCCAUCCUGUGUUUGCCAGUCGGGAUUCGUACGCCACAAUGGAGAAUGCAUUUGUCCAUCACAGUGUCCUGCAACCGAGGAACCCUUGCGUUCGUGUCCACCGAACGAGGAGCUUCAACCUACGCCACCGUGCUGUGAACCAACCUGCGGAAACAACUGCACUGAGGAGUGUCGAGUUGAGCUGGUCAAUCAACCGACAUGUGUUUGCAUGCCGGGUUACGUACGACACGAGGGCUGCUGUAUCAAGGCAGACCAGUGUCCUACGUGUGGUCCGUACGCAAGGUAUAGCGAUUGUACGCCCUGUUGCGAGUCCACCUGUACCAUGGACUGUUCCGUAGUGCUGUGUCUGGCCGGGUGUACCGGACCUCCGACAUGCCUGUGCCAAACGGGCUACGUCAAGCACAACGGGGUCUGUAUAAAAAGAGAACUGUGCCCGAUAGAGGGCAGUUCGUCCGAGCAGCCACCAUUUCCUAUCGGCUACGACCAUGGAUUGGGGCAGGAGAUUAGCAGUGGUGGGCCAGAUGUGCCAUUUGUAAGAUACCCAGGGAAAACGUACAAAUAAAGAAAAUUAGUGUAAGAUCAUGUGAUUUGUUAUGUUUUACUUCAAAUCGAGAUAGAAAUUUUCCACUUUUAAUCAUCAUUGGAACUUCGUCAUUACAAUCAUACAAGUUCUAUUGUGAAAUGUAAUUGUUAGUCUUUGAUGGGGUAUUCUGCUUAGAGGUUUCGAAAAGUCGGUACAAGGGGGAAGGGAUGUUCCGAUAGUGAUUUGCUUCAGGGCUUAUUGCAAGAAGUGCCUCAGGAAGAUUUUACCAGACAUUCCGUCGCGAUUUUUCCUGGGAUAUCUUUAAAGGUUCCUCCAGUUAUUGUUACAGUGCUUUCUUUAAGGAUUCCUUUAGCGAUUUCUCCAGUGAUUCCCAAAGAAUUUUAGCAGAGACCUUUUUAGGUAUUUCUGCAAGUAUUUCUUCAGAGAUUUCCUCAAGGAUUUCUCCAUAUAUGGCUUCAAGAAUUCCACUAGAGAUUGCGCCAGUAAUUCCAUCUGGAAUCAUUCAAAGUAUUUCUGCAGGUAUAUCUUCCAUAAAUUGUCUCAGAAAAUUCUACCAGGGAAUAUUAAACAAAUAAUCCAGGAAUUCCUUCAAUUUCUAAAAAAAAGUCCUUCAGGUGUUCAUCUAGGGAUUCUUUCCACGAAUUAGUUAAGAAAUAUCUUUUGGGAUUUCCUAAGAAAUUUCCCGUGAGAUUGCUACCGGGAUUCCUCCUGAGGUUUCUUCACGAAUUUCUCCAGCUAGUCCUCCAAGAAUUCCUCCAGUGAAUCUCUCGGAAAUUUCUUCUGAUUUUCUUUCAAGAACAGCUCUCCUUCAAUUUCUAAAAAAAACUACUUCUUCUAGGGAGUCUUCCAAUAGUUCGUUCAUAAAUUACUGUGGACAGAAAUUUCCCACGAGUUCGUUUAGAAAUCUCUUUUGGAAUUUCCUAAGAAAUCUUCCGUUGGAUUGCUUCCGGGAUUCCUCCUGAAGUUUCUUCACGAAGUCAUCCAGCUAGUCCUCCAAGAAUUCCUCCAGUGGAUCUCUCGAAAAUUCCUUUUGAUUUUCUUUCAGGAACAGUUCUAGGGAUUAUUAAAAAAAUUUCUCUAGAAAUUUUUCUUGGAAUUCCUUCAAGAAUUUUCCCUGGAAUUCUUUCAGAAACUACACCAGGAAUUCAAGCAUGGAUUUCUCCGGGAACUCCUCUAGAGAUUUAUCUAGGAAUUCCCCUAGAAAUUACUUCAGGAAUUACUCCAGAGAUUCUUCCAGGAAUUCCUCCAGAGAUUCCCCCAGGAAUUCCACCAGGAGUUGAUACAGUGAUUCUUCAAGGAAUUCUUCCAUGAUUUCCUCCCGGCAUUCCUUCAGGAAUUCUUCCAGGCAUUCCUCCAGGCUAUUCUCCAGGCUUUCCUCCAGGCUUUCCCCCAGGCUUUUCCCCAGAUAUUCCUCUAGGGAUUCCUUCAGGCAUUCCUUUAAAGAUUUCUUCAGGGAUUCUUUUAAAGAUUCCUCCAGGCACUCAUGCAAGGCAUUUCUUUAGGCUUUCCUCCAGGAAUUUCUCCUGGCAUUCCUUCAAGAUUUCAUCCAGAAAUUCCCCCUUCAGGAAUACUCCUCCGAGAAGUUUUUCAGAUAUUACCUCAGGAAUUGCACCAGGAAUUGAUCCAAGAAAGCCUCUACGAAAUACUCUAGGGAUUUCUUCAGAAACUUCUCCAGAAUCUCUUUCGAGUAUUCUUCCAGAAAUUCCUCCGACGAUUUUUACUGGGAUUCCUCCUGAAAAUACUCCGGGAGCUCCUCCAGGAAUGUUUCAAGGGAUUCCUCCAGGGACAUCUUUAGGAAUUUCUGAGGCUUUACCUCAAGAAUUGCUUCAGGAAUUGAUCGAGGAAUGCCUCCAGGAAUUCCUCCAGAAGUUCCUCUAGGAAUUUCUCCAGUAAACCCUCUAGGGAUUUCUUCCGAAGUUGCUCCAGGAAUUCCUCCAGGAUUUCUUCCGCGAAAUCCUCCAGGAAUUACUUCAGGAAAUCCUCUAGGGAUAUCUUCAGAAAUUCCUCAAGGAAUUCCACCAGGAAUUUUUCAAGGGAUUCCUCCAAGAAUUCCUCCAGGGUUUCCUCCAUGAAUUCAUCCAGGAACUUCUCCAAGUAUUUCUCCAGGGAUUCUCAGGGGAUUUCUUUAGGGAUUUUCCCAGGAAUUGCUCCAGGUAUUUCUGCAGGCAUUCCUCCAGUAAUUCGUCCAGGGAUUUCUAAAAGCAUUCUUUCAGAAAUUCCUCCCAGCAUUUCUUCAAGAAUUCUUCCAGAUUCAUCCAAUAAUGCCGCCAGGGAUUGAUAGAGGAUUUUUUCUAUUCCUCCAGAAAUUCCUCUGUGUAUCUCUUCAAAAACUUAUUCAGUGAUUUUUAUUUUAUAAUAAUUUAGGAAAUUAUUCCAUCAUCUUUUCCAGAAAUGCACUUAAGAAUAUCACAAUUAAAGCCUCCAGGAAUACCUGCAGAUUUUUUUAAAUUACUUCAAGGAUUUCUAGAGGAAUUCCUCCAGCGAUCUGUAUUACAAUUCAUUAAGGGGUUAUAUAUUUUGAGGGUAUAUAACCUAUUUCAACACCUAGAGAUUUUAAAUACUAACAAACUAAAGAAUAAAUCAAAUCGGUCAACUUAUAAGAUAUUGUGAGCACCGCAACGGCACUUUUAGAAAACACGAUUUCGAACUAAUUGCGUUUAAAGUUUCACGCUUUAUUUUGUGCAUAUGGAGGGUGCACGCUACCAUAGGUUGUAACUUUGAUUCUAGUGCUCCAAUCUUUAUGAAAUUUAGAAUGUGUAUUGUCUAGCUAGCUAGUCCUUUUUAAAAAGUUCGAAUUUGUUAUCAUUCUCAAAGUAUGUAACCCCUCAAGACAAUUUUAUAGGGACGCAUUCACGAGCCAGAAAAUUUUCGAAUAUUUAUUUAAGUGUUCAUCCACGGAUUUAUUCAGGAAUUCAUCCAUGAAUUCCUUCAGAGAUAGCCCUUGCAGCCACUGCAAAUGAAUCCCUCAAGAAAUUCGUCCUGCGAUUCUUUCAGGAAUAUAACUAUCAGGAGAAUUUUUCCUUCAGAAAUUUCUUUUUGAAUGCUAUCCGGCGUUUCGUCCAGGAAUACCUUAAAGUGAGUUCACGGAUUUUUCCAAGGAAUCCGUUAUUUGAGAGUUCUCCGGGAAUACCUCAAGGAAAUUCUUCAACAAUUUUUCCAGGUAUUCCCUUCACGAAUUCCUACAGGAAUGGUUCCAUCAAUGUCAGU